UAACCUCGGCCGGGAUCAGGCAAUGUUGUUAUUUAUCAUGCACAGCGCGCGGGCCUAGCCUAUGUUGUUAAUCAAGUGCAACUCAGAUUUGGGUUCAGAUCACCGUGAACUAAAUCAUCAUGGCGCGGGCUGUCCUGGCCGUACUGGUGGUCGUGGUUGCUGUGGUAGCGUACGUAGUGCUGGAACCGGUCCCGGACGAUGUCGGGGACAGCCCGUGGACGGUGAAAUUGUUUUCACUCCAACAAAGUUUGAGACCCUACAUUAAAUGGUGGACACCGACUGGCCUCGACCAGUGGCUGGAUGAAAUGACCAGGGCCAACUACCGGGAAGGCAGGCCUAAGGUGCCGUACUGGGAAGCAGUGUUUGACCGGGUACCAGUCCGGAUAUUUGCCGUUGAGCCAGCGGAAGGAAAGACCAGUAAACGGCCGGCUAUUGUCUACUAUCACGGAGGGGGGUUUAUACACAGAAACGUAGAUACCUACCAUCCCAUAACAGCCAUGCUGGCGAAGGGGCUCGAUGCUGUUGUAAUUUCUGUCGAGUAAGUAAACGUCUGUUUGCGUUCACCGCCUAAUCAGUUCUUUACAAGGAGAAUAGAAGUUAUGUUUUCAUGUACAUUUUAAACACAAGUCGACAAAGACCUUUGAAAGCCAUUUCAGGAUGAGGGCCACUAGAAAGCAAAACAAUAGGGCCAAAAGAAGACAAAGCCAGAAGCCUUUGUUUUGUUUCUGAAUACGGAAUUUGACUUUCAACCCUGUGUAACUGAAGACAUGAAAAUAAAACAUAUACAUACACAUGUUGAAAUCUCAAGUAUUCUAUUAAUUAUUUCUGUUUGGAGAUUUCCAAAUGAGCAUGGGACGUUGAUGUAAAAAGUGGCUGCGAUGCAU